UAUCACAGUCAUAGUAAGUACAUUUUUCCUCAAUAAAGUAGCAACCAGCAAAGUCAGAGCUAGUAAGAAAAAUAAAAGAAUCCUCCUCAUUUGUGUUUGUAGCAGACAGGAUAAAAAGAGAAUGGACCACGGUGGAGGGGUCUUGAACUUUCAGAUGCAAGACUCAAAGAUGCCACACACAAUGAUAAUGCAGGAUUUUGUGGCAGGUAUGGCCCACAUUGACGGUGAUCACAUUGUGGUUUCUGUGCCAGAGGCGGUGCUGGUGUCAGACGUGGUGACUGACGAGGAGGGAAUCAUGUUUGAGCAUGACCUGGGGUCAGAGGUUGUAGAGGGGCCAGACAUCUGCUGCAGCGACGAGCCUGACGGCAUAAUCAUGACUGAGUCGGUCCUGGGGGCCGAGGUGGCCAUUGAGGACGUGCUGGAUUCUGACCACCAUCACCAUGUGCUGACAACAGAUCUCAUAGAGGAAUCUGAUAGGGUUCCUGACCAGGUGUUUGAAAUUGUCACUGAGGAGGUCAUGGUCUCCAACUGCAACUCAGAGACGUAUGUGGAGGAGCAGGAGGAGAUUGAAGACUCUGCAGUCACCAUCCAGGAGCCGGACAACGAGGCUGGAGAGAGCGUCUCCGAGGACUACCUGAUGAUCUCCUUGGACGAUGUUGGGGAGAAGUUGGACAUGGAGGACACACCCCUGAAGAUGGGUUCUGAGGUGAUGGAGGAUGGCUCCAAAGAGGGUGACUACGACUCUGAGUGCAUCAAAGUCUACAUCUUCAAGGCAGAGGCUGAUGAUGAUGUUGACAUAGGUGGCACAGAGAUUGUAGCUGAGAGCGACUUCCACAACGGUCACGCAGUGCUGGAGACUGGGGGCAUUGGCAAGCUGUCUCGAGAGAAGAUGGUCUACAUGGCAGUGAAAGACCCGUCCCAGGAGGAUUCAGAGAUCAACUGCACUGAGAUGGCGGAUGAGGUGUACAUGGAGGUGAUAGUGGGAGAGGAGGAUGCCCCUGCCAUCCAGGACUCACUGGAUGACUCCAGCCACAAUAAGAACUUCGGCACUGUUGCCUGGGCUGCAGCUUAUGGUAACAGUCUGGACUCCAGGCUGGAGAACAAGAACAACACAGGGACACAUUACCUGAAGAUCAGCGACAGCCUGAGUACAAGUAGAGCUCUCAAACAGAAGAUCAAGAAAAAGAAAAAGGGAGAGACACGUCAGUGUCAGACAGCUGUGAUCAUUGGUCCAGAUGGCCAGCCUCUGACUGUGUACCCCUGCAACAUCUGCGGGAAGAAGUUCAGAUCGCGAGGCUUUCUGAAGAUCCACAUGAAGAACCACCCCGAUCACAUCUUCAAGAAGAAGUACCAGUGCACAGACUGCGAUUUCACCACCAACAAGAAGGUAAACUUCCACAACCACCUGGAGGGCCACAAGCUCAUAGUGAAGAGUGACCGGGUCUCAGAAUUCACUGAGGUCACAAGGCGUUACUGUGUGGAGAGCCCACUCAGCUCCAAUAAGCUCAUCCUACGUGACCAGGAGCCCAAGCUGCACCACUGUAAGUACUGUGACUAUGAGACAGCCGAGCAGGGCCUUCUCAACCGCCACUUGCUGGCUGUCCACAGCAAGAGCUUUGCCCAUGUGUGUGUGGAGUGUGCUAAAGGUUUCCGCCACCCCUCUGAGCUCAAAAAGCACAUGAGGACCCACACGGGUGAGAAGCCCUACCACUGCCAGCACUGUGAGUUCUGCUGUGCCGACCAGUCUAACCUGAAGACCCACAUAAAGAGCAAGCAUGGAGCGGAGCUGCCGUUCAAGUGUGGCCACUGUCCCCAGGCCUUCUCUGACGAGCGGGAGCUGCAGAAGCACAUGGAGAUAUUCCAGGGCCACAAGACGCACCAGUGUCCGCACUGCGAGCACAAGAGCACCAACUCCAGCGACCUGAAGCGCCACAUCAUCUCCGUGCACACCAAGGACUUCCCUCACAAGUGUGACGUGUGUGAAAAGGGCUUCCACCGGCCCUCGGAGCUGAAAAAACACACAGAGACUCACAAAGGUGCCAGGCUGCACCAAUGCCGCCACUGUGACUUUAAGACCCCAGACCCCUUCAUACUCAGUCGCCACAUCCUGUCCGUCCACACCAAAGACUUACCCUUCAAGUGCAAGCGCUGCCGACGGGGCUUCAGGCAUCAGCUGGAACUGAAGAAGCACAUGAAGACCCACAGUGGGCGGAAAGUGUACCAGUGCCAGUACUGUGAGUACAGCUCCUCGGACGCUUCAGGUUUCAAACGGCACGUCAUAUCCAUCCACACCAAGGACUAUCCCCACCGCUGUGACUACUGCACUAAAGGCUUCCGUAGGCCCUCUGAAAAGAGCCAGCACAUUGCACGGCAUCACAAGGAUGUUUUAAUGUCAAGUGCUUCUUCACACACCCUUUCCCAUAUUCAGAACAAUCUGAUUCUCACUCACUAUAGAGCAGGGAAAUACAAUUAUUUCAAUGUGAUAAAUAAAGGAUGACAAUU